GCCGUGCCCGCAGUGAGCGCGGGGAGCCAUGGCCGCCGCAGCUCAGUACCUGCCCCGCAGCACCGCCCUGCUGCACCCCGACUCCGACCGCCUGCACCAGGGCACCACCUACCGCGAGGUGCAGAAGAUGAUGCACCACGAGUACCUGCAGGGCUUGGCCAGCGGCUCCGGCCACCCCAUGAGCCUCACCCACCACCAGUGGCUGCCCAGCGCCGGCACUGACUGGGGCAGCGGCUCCCACCUGGGCCAGGCCGAGCACGGCAAGGGCAGCGUGCAGGGGGCGGGCCGGGAGGAGCUGCCCGGCGCCUUCCACCCCCGCUCCCACCUGGUGCACCAGCAGGCGCCCGGCAGCCACCCGGGCGCCUGGGCGCAGGGCAGCGGGCACCACCUGGCGCCCAUGUCCCCCACGUCCAGCAGCCACCAGCCGCUGCUCUACUCCCAGUCCGCCUACACGAACCUGAACGGCAUGCUGGGCCCCCAGGCGCCGGCCCUGCACCAUGGCCUGCGGGACCCCCUGGGCCACGAGGAGGCGGCCGGGCUGCACGACCCCCAGCUGGAGGCCUCCCCGCAGCACCUGGGCCACCCGCAGGAGCACUCGGACGAGGACGCGCCCAGCUCCGACGACCUGGAGCAGUUCGCCAAGCAGUUCAAGCAGCGGCGGAUCAAACUGGGCUUCACCCAGGCGGACGUGGGCCUGGCCCUGGGCACCCUCUACGGGAACGUCUUCUCGCAGACCACCAUCUGCCGGUUCGAGGCGCUCCAGCUCAGCUUCAAGAACAUGUGCAAGCUCAAGCCCCUGCUCAACAAAUGGCUGGAGGAGACCGACUCCAGCACGGGCAGCCCCACCAACCUGGACAAGAUCGCGGCGCAGGGCCGCAAGCGCAAGAAGCGCACCUCCAUCGAGGUGGGCGUGAAGGGCGCCCUGGAGAACCACUUCCUCAAGUGCCCCAAGCCCUCGGCCCACGAGAUCACCUCGCUGGCGGACAGUCUGCAGCUGGAGAAGGAGGUGGUGCGGGUCUGGUUCUGCAACAGGCGGCAGAAGGAGAAGCGCAUGACGCCGGCCGGGGUCCCGCACCCGCCCAUGGAGGAUGUUUACGCGCAGGCGGAGACCUCGCCGCUGCACCACCCGCUGCAGAGCUCGGUGCAAUGACUGGGCGGCGGGGCCGGGGGCUGAGGGCGCCGGGCAGGGGCAGGGGCAGCGCUGGAGUUUACAGUGGGGGCCCAGGAGCGAGGGACUGCAGGCAGAAGGGACCGCGCCGGGCCCGGCCAGGGAGCCCGAACCCCGCCAGCGGCCCCCAGCCCCUGCCCGGCGGGAAGCCGCGCUCGGGACUUUGUUUCUGCCGCUUGGUUUCGGGCCCUGGAUGCCGAGACUCGCCGGGCGGCGCGUGGAAAACGCUCGUUAAUUUAUUCCUCAGACUGGUUCGCACCUGAAUUUGUCUCUAAUUUAACUCGCUGUAUUUAUUUGACUUCCAAAAAUACCGCGCGCUCCAGAGCCCCGCGGCUCUGCAAACGCCGCGAGAGGAGAACUAGCCAAAGGUUUGAGAUCUAAUUUAUUCUUCGUUUGCUCCCGUGUCACUGACACUGUCUGCGGGGGGAGCUCCGCGGCCCGGCCCCCCACCCCCGCUUCAGGCUGGGACGGGUCGGGGAGGGCCGAAGCUCCCCCCGCACCCACCGCGGGCCCCUGGACCGGUUCCGAUGGCACUUAUCUCCCCCUUCUCCUGGGGGGCUGCUGCGCUCCCCGUGCCCGGGGCCCCAGACCGCCCCGUGGAGACUGCGGGCUCUUGGCUUCCCGGGGAGCGGGGAGUUUCCCCAGGGCUCGCCCCAGAGGGACAGGAGUAUCCCCGACUCCCCACGCCCCGGGCCCGGCCCUGCGGGGCCUGGGAGGGACGCUGGGGAGCCGGACGGGGGCGGGAGUUGCGGUCACUUCCCCGGCCCGGCUGUAAAUAUGUGAGAUAUGUACACACGUGUCCGCCGUCCCGGAUCCCCGCUCCUGCCCCAGCCGGUUUUUUACACGGACUGAUCCCGAGAGGCUAUUUUAAUAUUGUUUCCCGUCCCGUUUCUAUUUAUUUCUAACCGCGUUCGGCUCAUUCCGCAGCGUUGGGUUCGGAGGUUUGUUUUAUUUUUUAAUCGCAAAAAAAUAUGUAGCCCGCGAAGUUACGUUUCUAUUUAUGUUUAUAGUAAAUAUUUUUAUUACGUACAUAAACCAUUCCCCCAGGAACCGGUCUCGUGUCGUCUUUGCAGGCUGCUGGAGUCAGCUCGGACCCUGCCCGCCCGGGGAGCUGGCGAGGGCUUGGAGUUAGGGGAGCUGGGUUGGGCACCAACCCCCGCCAGGGCCAGGGCCAGGAGGGGGCAGGGACACUCCCUUGUCCUGCAGCCCAAGCCAGGCGGAGCUGCCCGGUCCUUCAGUCCGGCCAAGGUGGGCUCCGUCGCUUCAGCGGACUUCUUUUUUUUUCCCCACCCCCGUAGAAAGUUUGAGGCAAGUUGGGAUUUUCCUUUGCAAGGACCAUUCCCACCGCCUCGCCUGGCUCUGUAGGAACCAAGCCCCUGUUCCCAGCAGCAAGGGCGUCCCGUGCUCUCCCUGCAUGACAACGGGGCAGCUUCAGAGAGACCGGGACUGCAAUUGUUUAAACAAAGGCAAAUAAACUCCACUCGGGGCAGGGCACCUGCGGGACCCGGGCACCUGCCGGGCUGAUCGCUUGGCAUUUAAAGUUGUAGGGGAGAGCCGCUGAUUCCGCGUGGGGAAUUUAAUCCUAAAUCAUGAUUUCGGGUGUUCACUUUCGGUCCAAGGGGAAUGUGGCACAUUUGAGAUUCAGAGUCCAUGUUUACUGGCUGCAUCCUUCUAAAAUCUUAUAAGUCACAUCCCGUAACGGCCACGACUUAUAGGCAGCGUUUUGCCAAAAUUCUUCUCCAUUCUGCAGUGUGUGCCACUUGCUAUUGAUACUACAGGAGCUGUGGACUCCAUAAAUAGGUAAAUGUAAAAUCAAGAUCUUUAAACAAAUGUGUGGAAGCUCUUAAACUUACAAGGGUCUCUGGAAGAGAUGAGCUAUCCACAGGGAUCUCAGGAAAAGUAUAAAUCCUGUGCUGCAAUAUGUAUCACAUGCCCCCAGCUUCGGGGAAAGAAUCUGAUCUCAUUUGGUCUUCAUACACUGCAUUUUUUCAGGUUUUUUUUUUUCUCAUUCCAAAGGGUUUCCUAUACAGAAGGUAGAAUUACAAAAAAAUGUGUCUUGCAAAUAUCUUCCCCAUCAUAUUCGCAGUUAGUGCAGUGAGAGAGAUGUGCAGAAAGGGCCAAAUGUGCCCGUCUUACCUGAGAGAGAGAAAGGGAAACCCGCCUUUGGUUUUUUGAAGCGGAAGCCACUGGUCUAGUAACGUACAUUUUACCUGAAAAAGGAGGAAAAAAAUUCUCCCUAUUUUUCAUUUAUCAGAGAC